AGUAUCACAGUUUGUAUCGAGCGUUCGCCGCCGCCUAACGUGUGCGAGAUAUCAACACAUUCAAAUUUCGAAUCCGUUCGAACCGACCAAUCGCGUUCGAACGUUUGAUUUCUUUUCGCGACCGUUUUUUCGCAUAUACAGUGCGUUCCGUUAUCGUGUUGUGCUUGUGACAUUGAAUAUAGGGUGUUUCAAUAUCUCGUGUAUGUGAAGAAGGUCGGAUGUUUUCUCACGUGUUCUGUGUGUAAGCCGCGUGAACUAGAAACAACGCGUGCGGAUUAUUGACCCAGUCACGAACGGUCACCGGAACCAUUAUGCCAUAUAAAUCCCUCACCAUCUGAAUGCGGACCUGACCAGCAUUGCAACUAAAGCACCGUUAAUUAUGCCAAUUUAACCAUGGAAGAAGUAGCCACGCGAACUGCCAUGGAGUACAUCCCUCCACUACCCCCGAAAACUAAAAAGGGCACCACUACCCUCACAAUACGACCAGACGGCGAAACAAAUGAGUUUAACACAGAUCGUAACUUGGAAUCUCUAAGUUCGAUGCACUCACUCGUCCUUAAUUCUAAGACACCAUCCACAACGGUAUUCGUAGCGGCAACCCAGUCAGAACGAGCCGCGAGUAAGCCAAGCACGGACGCUCUCAACGGUCCCCACGUGGUUACAAUCAGAAUAAACACUGACGCGGACAAACCUAAAGCGCCGAAAAUAUCCAGCGUCCAUCUAAAGAGCGACGUGGACUUCGACAGCCUCAAAAUAAAUGAAUUAUGCAAGAAAAACAAUAGCCUCGUCAGAAUCACUGUCGAUGAAACCAGACAGAAGAUUCUAGAAAACGAAGAAUUAACUAAAACCGAGAAGGCGCCGUACAUCUUCUGCAAUUCAUUCAGCUCUAUGACCAACAUGGUUAUGUCGAGUGGUCAGUGCUCCCCGAGCGACACGCUGGACUCAGGCACGUGCAGUGACCUUGACGGAACGCCGCCACCGCUACCCAAAAAGAAGACGACCAAAUCGAGUUCCACAAAGAAAGCCGUCUCGGUGACUAUGAUCCGAAACGGGAGCAGUCAAGGCGAACUCGAUUUCGAAGACAACGACUCGAACAUAUCGUGCGACUCUCUGAACAGUAGCGAAUUGAACGGCAGCCUGCAUGCCGACGAAAGUCAUCACGAAUACAUCAAAAAAGAAAAGAAAAAUACAGAAUCACCCGCCGCGGUGCCGACGUACGCCAAAGCGAAUAAUAAAGACAGCUUUCUACCUCAAGGUCUACUGCAAGACAUUAGAGACCGUUCGGCGAAACUCAGUACGGUCGAAACCGAAAGCGAAAAGAGCGAACACGAGGACGCGAUCCAGAAUAUUAAUGAAAAUGCUAAUAUUCCGAAAGAAAGCGCGCAGCUCACUUCGUUCCGUCUAGUUUCGCAGCUUAAUAGUGAGACAAAGACCGUCUCGGAGUCAUUACCGGCGAAUUUUUGCACAAAAACGCCGAUUAUUAGCGAAAGUACUUACGAAGACAGAAAGAUAGAGGACAAAAUGAAACAAGAGCAAAUGUGUUACAGCAGUCAUUAUUUCGACACGGACAAGUUUUAUGAUUUCCAUCUGAACGAGAAAGAGUUUGAUGACGAUAAAUCAGUGAAAAGUGUUAGUGUUGGAAAAAGUGAUAGUGGUGUGACCGAACUGGAAUACUUCGCGGGAGUGAAGGAUUACAAGAAUGAGGAGUUGCCUUCCACCAUAAGGAGUUCUAAGGGCACGAUCCGAGGCGUCAAGAACCGGGUACGCGCCGGAAUAGCGACCUUCCUUCAGAUGCAGAACACGACAAAGAGUUAUAAAGAAAAAGAUGCUGGCAAAGUAGUAGUCUACACUACAACGAUGGGAAUCGUCCGAGGAACGUACCAGCGAUGCGUUCUCGUGAAGAAGAUCCUGAGGAAUCUGUUAAUAAAGUAUGAAGAAAGAGACGUGUUCAUGAGCACAGAGUACCAGGAUGAGAUCAGGGAUAGAAUGAGGAGUGAGCAUAUCCUGGUGCCACAGCUCUUCAUUGAUGGACAGCAUAUUGGGGACGCUGACACGGUAGAGAAACUCAACGAAAGCGGCGAGCUGAGGAAAAUGUUGAAACCUUAUAAGAGUCCAGAUGCAUGCACAACCUGCCAAGUUUGCGGUGGAUUCCGUCUUCUUCCGUGCCGCAUCUGCAACGGAUCCAAGAAGAGCCUCCAUCGAAACCAUUUCACGGCAGAAUUCGUCGCGCUUAAAUGUAUGAAUUGUGACGAAGUAGGCCUUGUGAGGUGUGAAGCAUGCUCUUAAUAUAAGUACUAUUAAACAGCGUAGAUAAGGCAGAUCGAGGUAAUGAAUAUGCUAAUUGCUGAAGAUUUUGGUAUUGAACAAUUAUCGCAAAUGGACUGGUUUGACGGCUUUUUCUGUGUCCAAGAACUGGUCUUAACAUCGUAUUGAUCUAGUAAGUCGGGAAAAUAAAUCUCGAUUUGCAAAAUUGUUUGCAACUGAAUACAGAUGUAUAAACGGUCUCAAGUAUUGGAUUCGAAAUGAAUAUUUUAUGCGGAGAUAAAUAAACGUAAACUGCAUUGGUUCGUGAUGUCUUAUAGAUCCCUGAUGUUAUUAUAGUAGAUGUUAUUAUUAUUGAAAAUACGAUCUGAUUCAAUCGAGUGAUUUCAAUUUAUCUUUUUAUAGAAAAAAUUAAAUUGAUGUAGAUAAGGAUGGCGCGAAUUUCAAAACUUAAAGAACAUAAGUUCUUUAAUUAUGUGCGCUGAUUGCAUGAACUUGAUCUUUGUUGUUCGAAAGCAAUGUCAUGUAAAAUAUAGUAUCAAGAUUAAAUCUGCUUAAUGUAGCUACAAAAUAGUCUAAAAGGUUUUUGUUUUUACGCCUGCUACAGAAAUGCUAGAUCGCUAUAUUACUUGACGGGUUACUUUAUUACUUUAUGAAAAAUACCAUAAAAUGCUCAUAAUUACUUAGUAUUAAGUACUUUUGUAGAACUGUUUUAUAAUUCAUCCCUAAUUAAAAUAGAAAAUAAAAGAACGUCCAAAAAUCCAUUGAAUCCACAAUAAAUUUCGACCAAAAAACUUUUUUCAACUUUGUAAUUUUGAUAUACAAUUAUGUUGCUAUGUCAAAAUUUAUGAAAAUUAUCUAACGAUAAAGGAUUCGAUAUAAGUAAUCUUCAAUUAUCUUCCGAUUAACAAAAACGUAUUAAGGAAGAUAUAUUUGAAAUCUAAAUAAACAAAAUAAAUGUACGAACUGUAAUAAAAAAAUCACAAGCUUUUAAAUCGUGGCUGCUUCAUAAAAUGAAUUUAUUGAUAAGGUAUCUUAGUUAUAUGUAAGAAAAAAUGUUUAUGCACUAAAUUCUGUGGGCAUUUUUAUUAUAAUAAUAGUGGUUGGUAGAACGAAGAAAGAAUUUUUUUUCGCUAAAAUUGUAUAAAGGCCGCUAUAAAAUUUUUAGGUUAGGUGUAAUUUACAUUUCGAAAAGGAUAGAAUCAAUACAAAAUGUAUUCCGGUUUGAAGAAAAUCGUAGCCAGUGUAACUACUGGACACAAUAAGACUUAACAACUCAUGUCUCAGCAUGGCGAGCGCAGUGGAAUACCAAACAAUACUUUGUAAUUCAAUGUGUUAGAUGGUGUUUCUAUUAUUUAUGGGUGGUCGUAUCACUUAUCAUCAGGCGAACGGCAAGCUCAUCUCGUCAUUCAAAGCAAUAAAACAUUUAAUUAUGAAGUGUUAGUCUCAGAUGUACUAUAAUUUCGGGGCCCUAUUCCGUCUACGAGGGCAUAUCCGUCUGCAAUUACGGGCGUUCGAAGUACAGCUUUCGCAGCUAUAUAGGUUAUAUAGUCAAAAAUUCCUUAUUCUUUCUUAUGGUUAAUAAAACUGUCCUUCAAUAGCACGGUGGUAAUUGCAAAAAGACGAAGUCAGUACAUAAAAUAGAAUCUCGACUACUCACAACACAAGAACGAAACGCCGCAAUAGAUAAAGUAAAAACAACGAUAAAAUUGGGAGAGGUAAAUCCACCAAAUGUGCGCAGUUUCCAAAAGGAACAUGGACAGAAGAUCAAAUCAAAGUAUAAGAUAAGCCGUUAGAAUCUGUUGAUGGAUUUGACAUUUAUACUAGAAAGCAAAUCGUCCGUAAUAGGAACAUGUAUUACAAGAUCUGUAAAAAUCACAUGUAUUGUUAAUGGAUAUUUUAGAGAUGGAUUUUAUACAAUAAAUAUUAGAUGUUUCUGAAGAUUUUUUAAUACAUAUUUAUGUUAGUAAAAUUCCUUUGACAGUCAAAUGAAAACGAAAACAACAUUAUUUUUUCAACAAAUUGAAUUCUAAAAUAAAACUUCAUUAACACAAUUAAGUAUUCACAAAUAUUAUUCAAAAUUUUGUAACGCGCCAAUUUCUGUUCAUCGGUGAACGACUUUUAAUUGAAUUAGUUUUGUUCAUUCAAAUAAUUUAUCAAAGCAUUCGAACAUCGAUUGUUUAUUGACCACUGAAGUGUUUGAAGGUUCAUCAACCGAACUUUAACACUGCGCAAAAUAACAUUAAAAAGUACUGUAUAUUCCUAUGACCUUAAUUUCUUUGUACUUAUUCAUAAAGAGAAAUAUAAAGUAUUCAUAUUUCAAUAUAAAACUGUAUGCAUCAAAUACUUUCGUAUUUUCCUAUCCUUUUCGAAUAAUAAGGCUUAAAUCAACACUCGUCUGAUUUUACCAAAAAAUGGAUGCGUGUAACUUUUUUUUAUACUUUUCAUGAAUAGUAUGCCAUAACUUAGAUGCAAUAUCAUAUUUUUAUACAAGCUGUUUAUAGAUUUUAUACCUUGUAGAUAUAAGUUUAUGCAUGAUUUUUGAAUAAACACAUAUGUUAUAUGAUUGUGCGGUAUUGUAUUGUGAAGUACAGUUAGUUGAAUAUGUAUAAGUAUUAUCUUGCUCAAAUAUAUUCUCUUAUGAUUUAACAUUUCCAUGUCUAAAAUUACCAAUACAAUGAUAAACUAUUAAUAUUAUCAGUUAAAAAUUUUAGUGUUAAGUAUUUUUUGCGUCGACUGUACUUCAUAUGUCGAGCCAAAUGGCGGAUCCGUCCAGUUGUGAUAGUAUAAAAAUAAUCCUAAUUAAUUAUAUUUAAACGAUAUUAGCAAUGAAUUGUACCCCAAUAUUAACAUUAAUAUUGUAAGGGUGUAUUGUAAAUAAUUUGUUUUAAUAAAUAUUUUUUUAAUUACCUA